GAAAGAUCAAGUUCACAGAGAACGACACCUCUGGCGACACAGCUUUUACAUUUCACCCCAGACCCUCCGACAAAUUGUCCUACCAAUACACUCCUCGUCUACCUCUCCUCAUCCCCCCUAUCAUGUCACACGCCAGGAUAGAAGAAGUCGAGGAUUCCGAUCCUGAAAUCGAUGACCCCUCCAACUUCCUCCCCGACAACGACGACUCCAUCAUCCAAUCGACAUUACAACCCACCUCCUCCUCGCAGAGCAAACCAUCCACCACCUCAUCGACAUCUAGAGCAGGAGGAGGACCCAACCCUACAUUAUUCCAACCGCCACCCCAACCCAGCGCAUCCCAACAAGCGUCGCAACAAGCCGCACGCGAAGCCGUCAAGACCUACCAAACCAUCUACCCCGUCUACUUCGACAGCACACGAACACGAGCCCAAGGCCGACGAGUAAGUCGAAAACUCGCUGUCGCCAACCCACUCGCAUAUAACCUCCUCGCCGCCGCCAAAGAUGCAUUCGGAGAGCGCAACCUCCCUAUGGCAUUCGAACCAGACAAAACCCAUCCGAAAGACUGGGCGAAUCCAGGUCGCGUGCGGAUUCAACUCUUUGACAAAACAACCCACCAACCACUCCAUCCGCGCAUCAAGAAUAAAUCCCACUUGUAUACCCUGAUGGCGAAAUCUCUUCAGGAGAAUCCUACCCUACCGGAUGAUCCUCUUCAGUUGAAGAUUCAGGGUCUGCCGGUUCCGGAUAAUUUCACUUCGACGGAAGUGCCGCGUCCUCGGGGUUGGAAGAUGAAUUCGAUUCUUCCCGUUCAUUCACCGGCGGUGAGUGGUGGUGGGGUCAAGGAUGAUUUCUUCAAGGAGGCUAUGGAGGAACUUCGUCAGGCGCAAAGUGCGGGUCAGUUGCCGCCUGGGGCGGGUGGGGCGGGAGCUGGUGGUAUGCCUGAUAUGAGUGCUUUGCAGAGUAUGAUGGGUGCGAUGGGAGGUAUGGGAGGUAUGGGAGGCAUGGGUGGAAUGGGUGGAAUGCCAGGUUUGGGAGGUGGUGGUUCGUCGGCUGGUGGAAAGAAGAAAAAGGAUAGGAAAGGCUGAUGAUGGAGGACAUGAUAUGAUUAUCUAUCAGAGAUUGAUUGGUCAUUCUCUCGUGAAUGAUGGCACUUGAAACCUAGCUGGCCUUGAUCUCUCAUCACAAUCAAAGACUUGUUUUUGUGAAUGUUCAUCCAAAGUCUAAUGCAAACGCAGUCUGUAACCA